GGUGCGGCACGCUUUAUGGGGAAGCUCCGAAACAAACGACCGAGUGGAGCAUUUUCUGAAGUGCGGCUGGCUGAAAGCAAAGAAAAUCCUGGAGAACAUUUUGCAGUUAAAAUUAUCGAUAAGAAAGCGCUGAAAGGGAAGGAAGAAUCACUUGAAAAUGAAAUUCGGGUACUUAGGCGGUUCAGUGCCAAUGAUCCCAAUAGCGGACCUCGGUUAACGCAUCCCAACAUCGUACAACUCUUGGAGACAUUUGAAGACAAAUCGAAAGUUUAUUUGGUAAUGGAAUUAGUAACUGGUGGCGAACUAUUUGAUCGCAUUGUUGAAAAAGGCUCAUAUACCGAAAAAGAUGCGUCCGGUCUUAUAAGACAAAUUUUAGAAGCUGUCGACUAUAUGCAUGAGCAAGGUGUCGUCCACAGAGAUCUGAAGCCAGAAAAUCUUCUUUACUAUAGCCCAGAUGACGGUAGUAAAAUAAUGAUAAGUGAUUUCGGGUUGUCAAAAAUGGAAGAUUCUGGUAUUAUGGCUACAGCAUGUGGCACACCUGGUUACGUGGCACCGGAAGUUUUGGCACAAAAGCCGUAUGGAAAAGCUGUGGAUGUGUGGAGCAUAGGAGUUAUAUCAUAUAUAUUACUCUGUGGUUAUCCACCGUUUUACGAUGAAAAUGACGCCAACUUAUUUGCUCAAAUUUUAAGAGGUGAAUUCGAGUUUGAUUCGCCGUAUUGGGACGAAAUAAGCGAAUCGGCAAAACAUUUUAUACAAAAUUUAAUGUGCGUUAAUGUAGAAAAACGUUACACCUGCAAACAAGCUUUGGCACAUCCUUGGAUUUCCGGUAAUGCUGCGAGCAGUAAAAAUAUUCAUGGCACAGUCUCAGAGCAACUUAAGAAGAACUUCGCUAAGUCACGCUGGAAGCAAGCAUACUAUGCCGCCACCGUCAUUCGACAAAUGCAACGUAUGGCGUUAAGUAGUAACAGUAGUAAAAGUAAUCUAAUACCAACGGAGAGUAGACAAGUAGGCAGUAGUAGUUGUGUGAGUCCUGCAUUAAGUGAAACUCUUAGCAGCUGUAACGCCGAGGGGGUAGGCUGUACAAAUACCACUAGCACAACCAAUAUCAGCUGCUGUUUGAAGUCGGGUCAACCGACGAUGGCCUCAAAUGAAAACAAACUAGCCACCAUAGCAGGAAUGGAUGACCAACAAACGGAAAAAGAUUAUGAAAAAGUUAUGGAUCGGCCCAGCAGUAGUAAAGGCAACUCGCCUGCUUGUGUAAAUGGUAGAGAACAAAACAAUUUCAGAACGAUUUAAGGAACGAUUUCAUUCACAAACCUAUAAUAUAAAGAGGAAUUGCAAAAUGUGUUGGUAAGCGCAUAACUCAAUAACGCAUGGGCCGAUCUUAACAAUUCUUUUUUUAAAAGGUUCCUUGAAGUCCAAGGAUGACUUUUACGGAAAAUAAUUUCCGGGAAACCCCUAAAACAGCCCUUUUCUUUUUCCCAUAUAAAUAUGGCGCGUUCGUGUGUGUGCGUGUUCGCGUUGGAGGAUCUAAUGCGUUCACACAAAAGUGAUAAUAUCGUGAACUCGACCAAAUUGAAAAGUCAAAAAAUGUAAGAGCUAUAGAUUUGAUUAGCCUCGCAAUAUUCUUUCUUUUGUUUUAGUUUCAGAACGAGUUAAGGAAUAAUUUCAUUCACAAAUAAUAAAUAGUUAAGUAAAUUCUAAGAAUAAUCAUGCAGUGCUGAACAAAUCCAAACAUAUUUUAAGAAUACCAAAAGAUAAACAUACAUAUGUAUUUUAAGAAUAACAAAAGACAAACAUAUUUUAAGAAGAAGAAGAUAAACAUAUGUUAAGGAUAACAAAAGACAAACAUUAUUAAUUAAUCUAAAAAACCUAUGUUUUUCACAUGGUCAAUUGUAUGUUGCCUGUUCCCGUGUUGGAAAACCAUCAGAUUUGUUUGUAUAUACACCAGGUAAUCAAACAAAAACAUUGUAUAUCAUAAAGCGCUACAAUAAAAAUAAAACAGAUUUUUGUUAAUAAUUAUGAUUCACUUGAUUUACAAUAAAGCGAUUACUGAAAAUA